AUGUACAUCAAGGGCUUGGAGGCCAACGGCAUGGACUGGAAGAAUAUGACCACCACGGAAGUGCUCGAGGAUCAUGUGCCUUCCUUUGUCCUGUCGCUCUUCGAAGACCGCUUGAAGGACCGGGGCCUCGGCCUUCAUGAGUUGACAGUUCUGGCCGCCACCUUGGAGCAUUUGAUUCACGACGAGGCUGUGAAUCGCCUCUCUGUUGUGUACGAGGCCCACAAUAUCUCCAUGGAAGCUCGAGUGCGAGAAAGCGUGCUGCAGGAGCUGAUUGACACCUACAUGACUCUGUUCCUCGUCGGCAACCAGAACUUCAACGCCACCAGCAUCUCGAGGGAGCGGGACAUCAUUGCGGACAGCUACCCGGGCUGGCAAGAGACCCGCGAAUUCACCCUGCAGGUGCGCUCGAGCGUCCUCGCUUCGAAGGGUUCAGAUGUCAACUUCUCCCCAGACAACUUCUCCUUCAGGGCGGCCACGGAGAUUGUGGAGGAGAUCGGGGAACGAUACGGUCGCUGGCAGGAUUCCGAGUGUCGGGAUUUGAAAAGCUCCCUCAUCAAGCAUGAGCACGCUGGAACGGGGCGCGUCCUGCUGAAAGACUUCUACUCCGCAGCACUCGGUGGUCAGUGGCAGUUCUCCGAGAGCAUCGACUACCUGCGCGAAUUGGGAGCGCUGGACGAGGCCGACCCUGACCACCUGGCUGUGUUCAUUCCCAACUACGUCAACUCGCAAUCCAACUGCGUGGCUUCUUCCAGCAUCUACUCAGUGUGCUGCAUCAAUGAGUGCGAAGCCCUUCUGGGGCAUGUUGAG